AUGAACACCAAACCACCACUUCAAGUUCCCAACUUUAUUGGUAGUGGUACAUCAUCUCGUCCACAAAGUCCUUCGCUGUGUUUUUCCACUACAUCCUCGAAGAUAGAUAAAAAUGAACCUGUUACCCUGUGCGGCUGCCAGCAAGCACCUAAAUCUCAAUGCGCCUCGGCUCUGGGAGUUCUCGUACUGGUUCUAGCCUACACUGCGCUUGGAUCAGUACUUUUCGUCACGCUAGAAGGAGAUGGUGAAGAUGGCGAUAUCAUUGAGACUUCUGUAGCGGCAUCCAAACCAUAUCCUAGGCAUGAUUUAGUUAGUGCAGAAAUGCGCCUUAAAACCGUCGAUCGAUUAUGGUCCAUCACUGAGGAUUUAAACAUACUUUAUAAAGAAAAUUGGACUCGUUUGGCUGCUCAAGAAAUAUUACAUUUUCAGGACACAAUCAUACGAGCAGUUAGAGCUUCUCGUACACAACAGGUGACCAAUGUACAGCAAAACACACGACCCUACAAAUGGACAUUUGCCUCCGCAUUCCUGUACUCGUUAACAUUGAUAACAACAAUAGGUUUUAGCGGCAUUUCCCCACGGACCCAGUGGGGACGCGUAGCAGCACUGAUUUAUGCGCUUUUUGGAAUACCCAUCAUACUGCUGUACCUCUCAGCCAUCGGCGAAGGCUUAUCGAGUGGUAUGCGUUGUCUUUUUCGUCGUCUACAACCGAACCGUUCCUCUCCUGGGAGCACCAACAACAGCAACAGCAGCAAUUCAAGCAUCGGCAGUGUCAGCGUUCCCAUGAGCAGUAAGGCUACGGUGGCCGAGAUGCACAAACGGUCACAGCAACCGAGCUACCAUCAAACCUGGAACCACGGUGGCACUACCGUACACGAUCCCUGCGCAUACGCCCUCAACGCGCACGGGUUGCGUGCCGGCGGAAUGGCGGCAAACAGCAAACUUCACUCCCAAUCCGUGGUACCAAUAUCGGUCUGCAUUAUGAUAUUGAUCUGCUAUAUUACACUAGGGGCGGUGCUGUUUCAUAAGCUGCAGCCUUGGGGAGUAUUGGAGAGCCUGUACUUUUGUUUCACCUCUCUCGGUACCAUCGGGUUUGGCGAUUUGAUGCCAAAGGGCACCGUCGCACAAUACGCCGCAUCAGCAUACAUCAUCAUCGGUAUGGCCGUUGUAGCAAUGUGCUUCAGUCUCAUCCAAACGGAACUUAUCAUCUGGCUGAAGAAGUUUACCAUCCCCGAAUCGCUACCUACAUCUACCGAGGAUGUGGCGCUCGUUUCGGUUGCCAUGACACCGAUAAAAUCCUGACAACGGCCAAACGAUCUCAUCCCCAACGAGUACAACUCACUUCCGCGCCGUUCUAGCGCAUUUCAUCGCAAUACUCCAGCGCGGCGUUCCACCGGCAUCAUGGAGAAUCACAUGGAAUAUUUCGUACCUCGCAGCGUUAG